GGAGGAGAGGGAGUCGUGCUCGUUGAAUGGCCGGUAAAACGUCAUGUGAGAUGUGAGGGCCUUACUGUCACGAUGAGGCUGUGAUAAAGACGUACUAUCACGACAGGGUUGGCCUGGCUUAAGGGAGCGUGUUCAUUUUAACCUUCGUUUUUUUUUUUUUUUUUUUGUGGCCCAAGAUGUACGCGAAGGUUGCCUCCCUCAGCGUGGCGUCAGACGGCGUCCUAGUGUGACGGGCCCCAGGGACUGACGAGGUUCGCUCUGUGUAGGGAGGAGACCACUUUAAACUUGUGCUGUUCGGCUAAAUACUGAUCAUGGGGGCAUUUUUGGACAAACCUAAAACUGAGAAACACAACGCUCAUGGAGCUGGAAAUGGUUUGCAAUAUGGACUCAGCAGCAUGCAGGGCUGGCGUGUUGAAAUGGAAGAUGCCCACACAGCUGUGGUGGGUAUCCCUCAUGGUCUGGAAGACUGGUCCUUUUUCGCUGUUUAUGAUGGCCACGCAGGAUCUCGCGUUGCAAAUUAUUGCUCGUCGCACUUGUUGGAGCAUAUAACAGAUAAUGAAGACUUCAGGGCGACUGAAAUGCCAGGCUCCACUGUGGAACCUUCUGUAGAAAACGUAAAAAGUGGCAUUCGAACUGGAUUUUUAAAAAUUGAUGAAUAUAUGCGCAACUUUGCUGAUCUGAGGAAUGGCAUGGACCGAAGCGGCUCUACCGCUGUGGCAGUCCUUAUUUCACCGAGCCACAUGUAUUUCAUCAACUGUGGGGAUUCUAGGUCUGUAUUGUAUAGGGGUGGACAAGUUUGCUUUUCCACACAGGAUCACAAACCUUGCAAUCCAAGGGAGAAGGAAAGGAUUCAAAAUGCUGGAGGAAGCGUCAUGAUCCAGCGCGUCAAUGGUUCAUUAGCGGUUUCUCGUGCCCUCGGGGACUAUGACUACAAAUGCGUUGAUGGCAAAGGCCCUACUGAGCAGCUUGUGUCUCCUGAGCCUGAGGUGUAUGAGAUUGUACGAGCAGAAGAUGAUGAAUUUAUCAUACUAGCUUGUGAUGGCAUUUGGGAUGUCAUGAGCAAUGAAGAGCUUUGUGAUUUUGUCAAGUAUAAGCUUCAGCUAACGGAUGAUCUUGAGAAAGUGUGCAAUUCUGUAGUGGACACCUGUUUACAUAAGGGAAGUCGUGAUAACAUGAGCAUUGUGCUUGUUUGUUUCCCAAACGCGCCUAAAGUUUCUGAGGAAGCUAUCAAGAGAGAAGCGGAGCUGGAUAAAUACUUAGAAUCGAGGAUUGAAGAAAUCAUGACAACUGCUGGGGAGGAAGGAAUGCCAGAUCUCACUCAUGUCGUGCACAUUUUAUCUGCAGAGAACAUCCCACAUUUACCACCUGGAGGUGGUUUAGCUGGAAAACGCAGUGUUAUUGAAGAUGUUUAUAAUAGGUUGAAUCCACAUAGAGAGAACGAUGGGGGUGCUGGCGAUCUAGAAGACCCAUGGUAGACUUUCAAAACUCCUUAAAAUGUUUUUGGUCUGGAAUAAAGGGGGAAAAACUUAAAUUAUCACGGUUCUCUUCAAAACCAACGAAGAGAUUCUGGUGGAUCGUCAGCUAUGUAAUAAUAAAAAAUAAAAAUAAAAAAUGGGCAAAAUGAGAGAUGAUUAGUAUUUUGCACCAUUUAUCGGUUUGUUUUAUAACAUUGUCACACUUUAGCAGUAUUUUUUUGCCAGCCUCAGGAUUUCUGGCCAUGUUUCAGCAACAUUACUCGUUUAACACUUUAAAAAAAAAAAAAAAAAAAAACUGGAGGGCCCUGCAGUGCGUUUUUUGUCACCGGGCACCCUUUGGUGCUAAAGAGCUUAGGAGGAAAUACGAUGCCUCGUGCAGUUUAUUAGAUGUAUCGGGGUGCAUGCUGUUUUACUUCAAAAGGUGCAGCACUUCCAGACUAAACUCCACAAGCAUGUAAAACACUUAAUUGUAUGAGACAUUACUUGUGUGUUUUUUUUUUUUUUUGUUUUUUUUUUGUAGAUCUUGGUAUUUGAAGAGGAUUUAAGCCCAGCUGCCACAGAUUUCCUAAAAAUAUUGCAAUUUCUAUAAAUUUUCUAUAAAUCUAUUUUCCCAAAAAAAAAUUUAAAAAAAUUAUUAAUUAUGUUAGUUGCUGUGGCAAAAUAAGUCCUUUUACUUUUGGUACUUUCACAGCAACUGGAAAGCCACAAGCUGACUUCUAUUCUGGAACAUACCACUCAAAGCAAGGAUAGCCCCCCCCUCCACGCUUUUCAGGGUGUUCUUUCCCUUUUCAAUUACUGGUGCAGGCAUUACAUUUUUUUAUUUUUUUUUUUUCUUUUAAGCUAAAAACUUUUGCCACCUUUUUUGUAAUGAGUUUUUUUUUUUUUUUUUUUUUUUUGUUCAAGUGGAUUACUAUGUUUUCAGAUUUCAUCAUAAAAUGGUAGCACUGUGUAACGUGGGUAUAACUUUUUAUUAGUUUCUUUUCUUUUCUAAUUUUCAGAGCUCAACUUACCAAUUUGAAAUUACUAUAUAUAAAUAUACUAUGAAAUUAAUCUAUUUUAAAUCUUAGCAGAUAAUACAGAGAUAUUUUCAUGAAUUCCAUGAUUUUUUUUUCUUCUAAGCAAUGGGCAUGGUACACAAGUGGCUGUUGUUAGGUACUUGAAAAUUGUCUAAUUCUAUUUUUGAAAUACCCUUGAUUUUGUGUAUUUUUUUUUUUUUCUCUAAGUUGUGCAUGUCAGAAAUACUGUUUAAUGCUGAACGUGGAGUAAGAAAGUAUUUAUCAAAAAAUGUAAAGGCUCUCUGAAAAAAAACAAGGAAUGUAUAAAUUCAUUUACAUGCUGUAGAUGGCUUUUAUUUUUUUUUUCCUUUUAUAUUUCCCCCCAGCAAGAAUGUAGUUAAAUGUUUUUUUUUUUUUGUUUUUUUUUGUUUUUUGCUGAUGACGUUAUUUUCUCAUGUGAAAGGAAACUCCUGGUAUAUUCCUGUUAUCUUGCUGAAAUCUCAAAAUAUAUUUACAUACUGGUACACAUAGAUCAGCUAUGCCAACUACUACUAUAAUUUCCUGUCUUUAUUCCUGUGUGUUUUAUCGUUUUAGGAUUACUGCUACCAUAUUUUAUUUAUUCACUAGAUUUUAGGUCUGUAAGUUAAGUGUUCAUGAUAAUACAGAGUCCUACUUGUCCAUUGGCUGGGAUUUUCAGGUUAUUUUAUUUUUCUAUUUUAUUCUUCCCUCUUCUUUCCCUUCCGUUUUUUUUUUUUUUUUUUUUGGGGGGGGGGAUGC